GAUUUGGUUUUGUUCUAGUACACGAAUUUGUUGCACAGUUUUUACCUUGUUUUGAAAGCAGCGCUCUCCAAAUACGACAAAGAUACCAAUCUUUAAUUCUGGAACAAUUCAUUCCCGAGGAGUAAAUCAUAUCGGAUGGGACACAAUAGUGAUGGCUACUCAUGAGUUACUAAUUCUGAGAACGGCACGGAAUUCCAAACUUAUCCUACAGAGACUGUUCUUUAUCGAGAAACCUCGAAUGAAAUGGCCGUUGGUGUUUUUAAUCGUGCUUCAUCAAACCCUACAAAUAACUGGGGCUAUUCUAUUUAUGAUUGGAUCCAAGGCAAGCACGCAUUCCAUUAUGGCACCUGCCACCCUUGCCGGGAAGAUUCACGCGCUGGUAUUGCCUUGGGGUUACAUAGUAUUUGCAAUUUGGUGGCGUCAGAUAGACUAUGUAGUGAAAACUCUUCAGGAAGUCAACGAAAUUUUGCUUUACGCUCAGUUCCCGCUUCUAGGAUCCUUGCGCGCUGCUGUCAUCACAGAAUUGGAGUCCCGACAUCGGUCAAUCAUCCUCUGCUUUGCGUAUGCCUCACACGUAGCGGUUUCGGUCUACUUUUUGCCCUCCUUAACUGCACCAUUCUUCAACCCCUCUCAGCUUCGUCUACCAGUGGAGAUGGCGGACCCUUUCCCUCUCCUUGGAAUCGCCUCGAAUGACCUCAUCAGGGUACUCAUUUACUUCGGUUACUUUGCCUCUUACUUGCUCCACUUCUAUACCUUAUAUACUGGAACUGCCAUUCUCAUCGUCACCGUGGAUUCCCUCAAGACAGCUUUUCGCGUAUGCGGGCUUUGCUUGGAGACCCUCGGUCAUGGCAGAUCUGCCGAUUGGGAGCAAUUUGUGGACGCUGUUAAGCUUCACCAACGCUUGUUUAGAUUGGCUGCAAACAUGAAGAACGCUAUUGAGCCGUUACUUACAAUCAUCUUAACUGUCACUGUCGCUUACGAUGUUAUUGUAGGACUGGCAUUUGUUCAGGAUGUCAAUGUGCAAAACCUGAAAAUGAUGACAGCUGUUUUGCUCACCUAUGCGAUUAUUGUGGCUCUUUUUGUUUACUGGGAACCACUACUCUAA